UUUGCACACAGAAUACAUUUUGGAAUGGUUUGGUUAUAUGCUUCAUACCAAGCAACUUUGCGUUCCCAAAAACUCCAAAUCCAAGUCUCCAGAGGCUACAAAGUACAGACCCCCCUCUUUGGUUCCUCGCCUGAUUCUCUCUCUCUCUCUCUCUCUCUCUCUCUCUAUUUGGUGCGCUGCCCCCAUGACAAGUUCUCACCCACAUGUCCUCGUUAGAUACUCAUCCGACAUCUGCUGCUCUCGAGCCAUUUCAAAUCCGCACCCAUCCAUGAAGCCUUCUUGCAUGCUGUAGAACACCAACAGCAGCGCACCACUCGCCAGCUACAGCAUUCUCUCUCCUGCUAAUCGUACCUCCUCUACUUCUCUCCUUCCCUCGCUAUAACCAGCCUUGCAUGCCUCUUUUACCACGACCUAUAUCGCCUCCUAACUGAUCUCCCUUUCCCUCUCUCUCGCUGCGAUUUUCCUUCUAUCAUAAGGAAUUUGCGCAGGGAAUUUUGGGCCUUGACUUACUCUCCUGUCUCCAGUUUGUUUUCUAGUACUCUUUGCUCUUUUUCUUGGCCGAGGGUCGGUGGGCUCUCCGAGAUCGGGUGAGUGGGUGGGUGGUGGUGGUGGUGGUGGAGGUGCGAACAUGGGGCCCAUUAGAGGGUUCCGGAAGAGGAAGAGGGCCGAGAAGAAGGCCGAGAGGUGCGCCGCCGCUGCGUCGAUGGCGUCGGGACAGGGAACUGGUGAUUGGUGGGAUGACUUCUCGAGAAGGAUUACAGCGAGAUGGUAGCUUAUUAUGGUAGCGUUUGGAACUUGAUGCCCAACAUUCUUCAAGUGGAAGCCAUGAUCUCUGUGGAGAUUGUUUGAAAGGUCCUUCUGCUCAUAAUGCUCGGACUGCGCAACAUGACAAAAUUUUGAAGACCUCAGGCCCAAUCACAGCAAAUGAGAGGACAAGAAGUUCAACAGAUGAAUGAGUUUAUCACAUUAGACUUGUUUUGUUCCUAUUGACAUAAGCCACUGUUGCAGGGACCCUUAUCUUUAUCAAAAGAACCAAAAAGAUUUGAGUCUGUCUUCAAGAUCUCAAGGAAGACCUUCAACUACAUAUCCUCAUUGGUGAGGGAGGACUUGAUGGCAAAGACAACUAACUUCACAUUCACAGAUGGAAAGAUCCUGUCUGUGGAUGAUCAAGUAGCUGUUGCUCUAAGAAGGUUGGGUUCUGGUGAGUCGCUACUGAAUAUAGGAACAUCCUUUGGGAUGAACCAUUCGACUGUCUCUCAAGUGACCUGGCGAUUUGUGGAGUCUAUGGAAGAGAGAGGACUUCACCACCUCCGAUGGCCCAAUUCUGAAGAGAUGGAAGUUAUAAAGUCCAGGUUUGAGAAAGUCCGGGGUCUGCCUAACUGCUGUGGUGCCAUUGACACCACCCACAUCAUGAUGUGCCUGCCUUCUGUGGACUCCUCCAACAAAGUGUGGAUUGAUUAUGAGAAGAAUUACAGCAUGGUCCUGCAGGCCAUUGUGGACCCUGAGAUGAGGUUCCGGGACAUUGUCACUGGCUGGCCCGGUAGCAUGAAUGAGUUACUCGUGCUUUACAGCUCAGGAUUCUACAAAUUGUGUGAAAAAGGCGCAAGGCUGAAUGGAAAAAAGAUGGAGCUUUCAGAAGGUUCAGAGGUGAGUGAGUAUAUAAUUGGAGAUGCCGGCUUCCCCCUCCAUCCCUGGCUUCUUACUCCUUACCAAGGGAAGGACCUUUCAGAUUCCAAAAUUGAGUUCAACAAGCGACACUCUGCAACCAGAAUGGUGGCACAGAGGGCAUUGGCAAGACUGAAGGAUAUGUGGAAGAUUGUUCAGGGGGAAAUGUGGCGACCUGAUAAGCAUAGACUGCCAAGAAUUAUUCUCGUUUGUUGCUUGCUUCACAACAUAGUCAUAGACUUGGAAGAUGAAGUGACGGAUGAGAUGCCGUUGUCUCACCACCAUGACACCCGUUACAAGCAGCGAUAUUGUGAUGCGGGGGACAAGUUUGGAGUUGAACUGAGGGAUAAGUUAACUCAAUACUUGUCUGGUAGAUUGCCGACCUGAAAUGAUUAUUCAACUGCUUCUCUUUAAUUUCUCUUUUAUAUACCCAAAGAUGGGUAUUGAUGGAUGAUGAGCUUUAAUUCAUCUUUCAAUGCUGAGUUCAGUGGUUAAGUGGCACUCAAGCUCUCUAUAUCCUAUUCUGGCCGCUUCCAUUCAAUUGUCAUAGUGCUGGAACUACAGUAGUCAAAUACACGAGCGCUGUGCAAAAUUCUGUUAAUGACUAUCAUUUAUAUGAAUGUUAACAAUUUGAAAACAAUCGUCACUUUUAGCAGGGAACUGUUCUUAACUUCA